AAUGGCUGUGUGGCGCCUGGGAGGCCACCUUGGCCUGCGCAGGUGCCUCGGCGCUGGCAGGAUUCUGAGUGUCCGUUGGCAGAGCCGCGGUCCCCAGGGCGUGGAAAGCGGGGAUGGGUCAAAGCCUCCCUCGAAGACACCGAAGGUCCCCAAGAUUUACACCAAAACAGGAGACAAAGGGUUUUCUAGCACAUUCACCGGAGAAAGGAGACCGAAAGACGACCAGGUGUUCGAAGCUGUGGGCACGACAGACGAGUUAAGUUCGCUUAUUGGGCUUGCUAUGGAGCUGAUGGAAGAAAGAGGCCCCCUGUUUGCUGAGGAGCUUCAGAAGGUCCAGUGCAUGCUGCAGGAUGUCGGCUCUGCCCUCGCGACACCCCGAUCCUCGGCCAGAGAGGCGCACUUAAAGCACACGGCAUUCCCGGAGGGGGCCGUGCUGGAGCUGGAGCAGUGGAUUGACAAGUACGCCAGCCAGCUCCCGCCUCUCACAGCCUUCAUCCUGCCGUCAGGGGGCAAGAGCAGCGCUGUGUUGCACCUCUGCCGGACCGUGUGCCGCCGAGCCGAGAGACGCGUGGUGCCCCUUGUCCAGAUGGGAGAGACGGAUGCCAACGUGGCCAAGUUCCUAAACAGACUCAGUGACUACCUCUUCACCUUAGCCAGAUACGCCGCCCUCCAGGAGGGGAUCCAGGAAAAGAUAUACCAGAAGCCCUGAGUGGAGCACGGCCGAGCGCUGGAGAUGGUGGAGCCAAGAGGCGGGGCCAGGGAUGGCCCUCCACUGUCCGGGCUCUGAAGCUCACCCCUAGGGACCUGCACCCUGGCCUCUGUCUAGACUCCACUGUGGUCCACAGCCCAGGCCACGUGGACUGUUCCCAAAUCCCGCCCUGCUGCAGGCUCUCCUCGGCCUCAGGGACGGAGGGAUGCAUUCUGAGUUGGGGGCAUGGAAGGGAAGGUGACAAGGUGAUGGCUGGGAUGAGAAGGAGCCUUGUGGGAAAAAGGAAUAAAAGUGGAAAAGCCUGA